CAGAAGAACUACGUUACUACUGAAGAAUUCGCUUGUUAUAUAUACUGUGUCUGCUGAGUAUAAAACAUGUUAAGUACGAUUAUAAGUACGUGAUAAAAUAUAUUCUACUACUUUUCGACGACAAAGUAUUGUCGCAACAAUCAGCGUUUUACGGCACCUACGAUUCAGUUUGAUUGGACGUUUUGUGCCGUAAACUGUGUUGGUUAAAGAACGCAUGGGACUGAAGAGGGACAGCGUGUGAGUGCAUCUGAAAUUGAGACGCAUGUUAGGAUGGAGGCGAAAUCAAAGAGAUCUCCUAAAGGUGGAAAGAAGUUCACACAGAAAGGAAAAGAUUCCAUAGGGACCAAACUUGGUGGAAAACCAGGUAAUAAGCCAGGCGGUAAAAAACCUUUCAAACCAUACAACAACACAGAGAGGAAGAGCAAACCGGGGAAGGGUGGAGAUGGUGGCAAGAAACAACAAAAGUUUGCUUUUGCCAAAACCAGCAAGGGGUCGCAGAAAAGGAAACUGCCGCCUUUUAAAGGGAAAAAGGAAGAGGAAGGUCCAGUGGCUAAGAAGAUGAAGAAAGGUGAGUUUAAGCCAAAGACGAAGGAGAUGACAAAGGAGGAGUUGAAGAUGAACAGGCAGCAGAGGAAGAAGGAGCUGAAGAAGAACAGGCAGCUGGCAGAGAGGAAGGACAUGUUCCAGAUCAUCUGUCAGGCCAAACAAGUGUGGGGAGACCUCAGGAGGAAGAACUGCGACAAUGACUUGAAGAAGAAGCUGAUGAAGGAGCUUCACGAUCUGAUCCGCGGGAAGGUGAAACAGAUGGCGUUUGCUCACGACUCGGUUCGAGUGCUGCAGUGUUUCAUCCAGUUCGGCAACCACGAGCAGAGACACGAAGUGUUUGAGGAGCUCAAAGAUGACGUCAUCGCUUUGUGUAAGUCGCAGUACGGCAGACAUGUGGUGAAAAAACUGCUGAUGUACGGGAACAAGGAGCUGGUUGCAGCUGUGAUGCAGACAUUUAAAGGUCACGUGCGUCCGAUGCUUCGCCACGCCGCCGCCUCAUCCAUCAUCGAGUACGCCUACAACGACAAAGCCGUGCUCGCACAGAGACUCAUGCUCACUGAGGAGCUGUACGGGAACACCUUCAUUGUCUGCAAGUCAUCAGUGUGUAACACCAUUGAGAAAGUUAUUGAAGGGAACCCGGACAAGCUGAACGGCAUCAUCGACGAGAUGAAACAGAUUCUCGCGCCCAUGGCCCAGAAAGAACAAGUGAUCAAACACUCUCUGGUCCACAAAGUCUUCCUGGACUUCUUCCUGAUUGCUCCUGAGAAACAGAGAACAGAGAUGAUCGAGUCCAUCAGAGAGUCGGUUGUCUACAUGGCUCACACACAUGACGGAGCGCGAGUGGCGAUGCACUGUUUGUGGCACGGGACGGCCAAGGAUAGAAAAGUGAUCAUCAAAACGAUGAAGACGUACAUGGUGAAGUUCGCCACGGGGGAGUUCGGUCACCUGGUUCUUCUGGCCAUAUUCGACUGCGUGGAUGACACCAAGCUGGUCAAACAGGCCGUGCUCUCAGAGAUCUUGUCCUCGCUGGAUGAGGUCAUCAGUAAUAAAUACGGCAAGAAGGUUUUGUUGUACCUGCUGAGUCCCAGAGACCCUGCUCACCUGCUGCCAGAGAUCAUCAAGGUGCUGGAGAAAGGAGACGGAAACACACACAGUAAAAAGGACAUGGCGACUCGCAGGAAAGAGCUGCUGGACGUCGUCUCCCCACCACUGUUGGACUAUCUCCGUAACAACGCUGACACCAUGGUGACGGACAAGGCGACCAGCGUCACAGUCAGUGAUAUCUUGGCAUCAGCCUGUGGUGACCUGCGGCCAGCCAUGACGGCCGUGGCUCAGCUAGCCAAUCAGGAGUUAGUACCAGGAGGGAGCAGCGAACAGCUGCACAUGGCGGAGCAUCCGGCUGGACACUUGGUGCUGAAAUGGCUCAUAGAGCAGGACGUGAUGCUUGCCGAGGCUGGCAAAGAGGAGCGGUUCAGCAGGAUACUGGUGGACACAGUGGGGACAGACAAGCUGAAGAGCUGGGUCAAAGUCAACAGAGGAGCCAUGGUGCUCUGCAGCCUUCUGAACAGCUGCGAUAAGUCUGUGGCCGCGGACGUGAAGGCAGCGUUGCAGUCCAUCAAAUCAGAGAUCAGCAGCCUCAGCAACAACAAAGGAGCUGAAAUCCUGUUGGAGAAUCUGAACAAGUAGAGACUUCUAAUUUUAAACCAACUGGUGACGUCAAACACGUCACUUCCUGUGCGGCAGUCCUUUUUUUUUUGUUUGUUUGUUUUUUUUUUUACAGAGAAUGCCAACAAAUCGCAGUUUUUGUUGGCAUUAUCUUUUUUUGCUGCAAAUGGGAAUAUUCUGAGGAAGUGGACACAUCCUGGAACAUUGUUGGUCCCUGGUGGAAAAAUGGGAGCAAGUUUGUGUGCAGAUGUUGAGAACUCUGUUAAUAAUGAAAUAAAAGUGUUUGGAAGACAAAGUGAUGCUAUGAGAAAACAGGUUAAAUUACAGUGAUGCCACUUGUUUACAGAUGUUAAUUUGUCAGUGCUACAACACAUGAACAGAAAACAUAAAUCAUCAUUGCAUCAGUACAGCAACUCGUGGUUAGAGUAAAUUAAGCAAUACGGAGUACAUAGAACAUCGCCGUCCUGUUAUGGUUUCUGUUCGUGCACAUAGUUACAGUUUUAUUUACAGGUUUCGAAAUAUCUGCCUGAGGUGAAUGGAAGUUGAUUUUAAUGCCCACAGCACUCACCACAGCUGCAACAUCUGUUUCAUAGGAACGAUAUGCGUAACAGAAAGGUAGUUUGUUAAUUUGAGUGAACUGGCCCUUUAACAGUGGCUGCUUAACAAAGAGCUGUCCAGUAUUCCCUGACUGUUUGUGCCUUCCUGUUUCAGAUUGGGUUUUUUUUUUCUUUUUUGUAUCUUGUGAUAAUUUUAUCAGCUAGAAAGAAAAUUUGAUUAAAAAUAAAGAUAAUUAUGAGUA